CAAUCAUUCAGAGUAUUAAUUCUGCCAGUGACAAGAGUAACGAAUCGAGCCAAACCUCUCCAAAUUGAGAGCGAGCUUGCUGGUCUGCAGUCAUGCUCCAGGAGGAUUGCUGGCCACCCAGAGUAGAUAUAAUCGCAUCCAUGGAUAGACCACAUAGAGAUUGGCGGCAUGACCUUAUCUCCCUUUUUCGCUUCCUUCUAGACUCGCUCCCCCCUCUCCAACUCUCAACACAGCAUCAUUUACCCAUGCACCAUGUCUUCUCAACCACCAACACCCCCGCCGCGAGAUCCUACAUCCGAGAGAACCUUUAGGUUCCACGAACUAGGCACGCCAUGCGAAUGGGCCGAGUCUUACCACCCCGGUGGAUUCCAUCCUGUUCAUUUCGGUGAUGUCUUUAAUGACCGUUACGAGGUCAUUCGGAAGCUUGGGCACGGAUCUUUUGGCACCGUCUGGCUGGCUUGGGAUUAUUCCCUCUCUCGUUACGUCGCUCUGAAAGUCGAGGUUGCUAAACUGUAUGGAUCUGGGGAGCUUUCAAUCCAAAAUUUUAUCUCAGAGAAAGCACCGCAAGACCACGAUUCGCAGUUUAUUGUUCAGCUGCUUGACUCAUUUGUUCACGAGGGCCCGAACGGGAAGCAUCAAUGUCUGGUCCUGGAGCCCAUGGGACCGAGUCUGUCGUCAGUUCUGAACGCUCCCGUGGAAAUUUACGAUCCUCUGAAUCCUUCGUGGCCACGGUUUCCAAAGCACCAAACCAGAGCAAUCCUCCGAAAUGUUCUAUGCGGCCUCCAGUUCCUCCACGCAAACGGUGUAGUGCAUGGUGACCUCCAGUCUGGAAAUAUCUUGUUCGCUCUGCAGGACCUCGGAACCAUUGGCCGCGAGCAACUACAACAAGAUAAAAGCAACUCUCAAAUCGACUCUCUGCACCGACUGGACGGUAAACCCGAUAAAUGGGCUCCCAGCUAUCUUGCCGUGGCCAAACCACUUUCCGACUACACUCUCCCGGAAGAGGAGCAAGUAGUGAAAAUAGCAGAUAUGGGCGGUGCUUUUCUGGCCAAUAAUCCGCCCAACUCUGUCGUCACGCCUGCAGGUCUUCGGGCACCAGAAUUGAUCCUCAAUUGCCACCCCACUGGUUUCGGCAUUGAUAUCUGGAGUCUUGGGUGCCUUCUCUUCGAGUUCCUAACCGGCCAACCACUCUUCCAAAUACCUCCAAUUGGGGUCUCCCGCGAGGGUGUCGAUGAUGGCCACCUGAUACAACUCACCGACAUCAUUCAUCCCUUGCCAGAAGAUAUGAUCAAACAGUGGCCCAGGGCGUCUAAAUACUACGGGCCGAGUGGCGAACGCCUCGAUUCCAAGCCGUGGCAUUAUUCUUUGGGCGACGGGUCGGACGAUGAUACGGCUGACUGGCCCGAUGGGGAGGGCGAAGCGCAAGAUUCCGUGGGCGAGGAUGAGGAUCUGGAUGAGUGCGAGGAUGAAUAUGGCGAGGAGGAGGCUGCCUCAAAGCCCUACGACUCACUCGAGAAGUUCUUCAAGGACAGUAAGCCUGAUGACAUUGGUGAGGAGGAGGAAAGAGAAAUUGUGGCGUUGCUGAGAUGGAUCUUCGAAAUCGACCCGCUGAAACGCCCUUCGGCUCGUGGGUUGCUCGAGCACCCUUGGAUUAAAGGGGACAACUUUUGAUUCUAGUUACCUUCCCUAAGUACCUUGUGGUAGAAAUGGGAAUGUUGGAGCAUGAGGACCACGAGAAGAUCCAAACCAUUUCAAUAGAACCUCUCCGUUAUAUUUGGAAAUAACAGCUUAGAUGCUUGAAAAAAUGCCGAAAAUGCCUG